CAACUACACAAGGAGAUGACAACAAGAAGGUGUAUUCGUACCUCUACAAAUGGUGCUGAAAUUGCGGAGAAUGAAAUUCUCUCGCACAGAAGCAGAGAAGUUGGGUUUUUCAACCUCCUGAAUGGGAUUAAUAGUCAAAUGUUAGAGGGGUUUCGCAUUGUUAAAAAUAAAAUUUAUGCACGCGACAGCAGGGGUGUUGGGGGCGGGAACCUUGGCAACAACUUCAACGGGGGAUUCACAUUUCUUCUUGUUCUUAUUGCACUUGUUCUGUUAUUGGGAUUAUUGGGAUUUGCAUACUACCUAACAAGUACUAAAAGUGAAAUGUCUAGAUUGACAAUUUUGAUUAGCUACGGUGGGAGGUGGGUUGACUCAAGGUACGAAAAUUUCAAAGCUAAAGGAGUACUCGUUUCCAAUACAAUUACAUUGAAGGAGCUUCAGAAGCAAGUAUAUGACAUUGUCAAUGUGGACCCAAAUGACUAUGAGAUAACUAUGAUAGCUAUGUAUGAAACAAUGAAAAGCGCAUGGCCUGUAGAGAUAGCCGAUGAUGAUGAUGUGAGAGCUUUUAUUUUUCAAAGUCGUUUAAGUUCUUCUAAGAUUCCAUUGUGCAUUACAUUGGAGGAGACCAACCUUGGGGGGUCCCCACAAGCUCCCUGAUUAUUCCUAGUCAAAACGUUUGUGGGCUUGGCAUCCGACGAACGCCCGAUAACCUCCUCUUCUGGUUAAGUUUUGGGAACCUUUGGCGUGUGCUCCCUCAAAAUUUGUUCCUCUUUUUCUUAUUCCUUUAUUUGUGACUCUUUGCGAGCUGAUUAAUCCCUACACCUUCUCUACGUUGUCUUGGUGUAUUUCUUGUGUUUCUUGUGUCUCUGACCCUUGGUGUGUUUCUUGUGUCCUCUGACGUGGGGGUCUCCUGUGUUGGUCUUCUAGUAGUACGGUUGUUUUGUUUUGGUUAUUUGUAAUGGUUUGGUGGUUCUCAAUUGGACUCUCCUGUUAGUCCAUAGCAUGCGUGGAACUCUUUUUUACCUGGGUUUUUUCCCACGUAGUUUCUUAGAAAUGUUUUAACGAGCCACUAUUCUCAUGUUGUUCUAUGUAUGAACCCAUCAGUUGACUUCAAAAAUGAACUGUGAGAUCCUGAAUAUUUUGACGUGUUUAAAAAAUACAUCACUUUUGGUCCUUGUGACUU